ACUAGUGUGUACAACAGAUGUUCACCCAACCGAGCCUUGGAUUUUGGUUGGCCAUGGGAAUGGGUAUGUCUCCAUUUGGAACCAUCAGACCCAGGGAAGAUUGAUGACAUUUGACAUCCUGAACAAGCCAAGUCUUGUAGUAUCUGCAGUUAGAUUCAUCACGAGCAUGUACAAGAUUCUAUUAUGUGCAGUUAGAUUCAUUGCACAAAAGCAGUGGUUUGUUGCCGGUGAUUAUGAGGGGCACAUCCACGUGUAUACAUAUGCGACAAAGUACAAGCUGAGAAAAUUCCAAGCUCAUGCGAACAUGAUCAAUUCACUGGCUGUUCACCCAACUGAUCCAUUUGUCCUAUCAUCGUCGAACGAUAACUUGAUCAAACUAUGGAACUGGGAGAAUGGCUGGGAGUGCAUUAGGACAUUCCAAGCACACUCCAAAUGGGUUGAGUCAGUGAAGUUUAACCCGCUGGCUACAAGCAACACUUUUGCUAGUGCUUCCAGGGACGGCACAAUAAAGAUCUGGAGCAUAUUUUCAGACACUCCUAUUACCACGUUGGAGUGCGGGAUGGCUGAACUGACGUCGGUUCAUUAUUUCGUCGUUCAUGGUAAUCAGGAGUUUAUUGUUGCAGGAUCUGCCUCUGGGACUGCAUGUAUCUGGGAUUUGGGGAUGGAGACAUGUAUUCGGAACGUCAAUGGACUCCAAGAAAAAUGGUGCACUGUUGCUGUUGUCAAUUGCCUUCCAAGACAUCCGAUUUUGGUUACAGUUUUGCAAGACCACACUGUUUCUUUCUGCAACUCCAAUACCCACAGAUACAAGAACAUUGUUGACUUCAGUCUGGGACGUAUUAUGGAUUUUGCAUACACCAAGGUCACAAGAAGCCUCGUCGUCGCAGGAGAACGCGGAAUUGCACUGAUGGAGAUCAGUUAGCCUAGCUCAAUGAUCUCUCUAGCAAACAAGGAAAAUCGAAGGAAUACAGAUCAUGAAUUGUAUGAGGCUAAAUUGGCAGUUAAAGGAUGCCAGAUAGAGAAUUGACUUUGGUGAACUUUGAUGUACUUCGGUGUUAACUCUGUCCUUCUGCCGUUUGAUACCGAGAUCUUACAACAGCUGCUUCUUUGUGGGUCGUUUUACUCUACUACUUUACAUUGUGCUAUCUGCAUUGGAAUUGUUGGCAGGGAUAGUUGUAUCACUUCUUUUUAAUAUUUGCCUCAAGUUCAAGCCUU